ACAGAUUUAAUCUCGCGUUCCUCCACAUCGUAUUCAUCCUCUGUUCUCUCGUCCUGCGCUCCGGCCACUCCCUCCUGUGUUUUUGUCAGAUGCGCCAGAGAUACGAGGCGCUCCCUUGCGUCUGUUCAGGUGGCCUACCUAAGCAUUUACCUGUUGAGGACUGAAUCGGUCACUACGCCACCCGGGACAGCACUAUGGCUUGCAGCAGACCAGCGGUCUGCUACCUGUUGCUGGGGCUGUGGAACGCCUGCUGGUCUCUUCAAAUCGACAACAAAACCAACUCUUUCCCCCGAAAUCUUGAAAUCCGCUCCGUGCGUAGGUCUGACAGCGAUAGUUUCUUGUCGGAAGUCUUUAUACGAUCGUUAUCAGGUGGAUCGCCACCACCUACUGCCACAAAUGUCACCUUGAAGACUUCCUUGCCCUCCUGUCGACACCACGCGGUCACUUCCUUCACUCACGCGUCCGUAAACGCUUCGGUCACAUGGUCAUGUGGCGACCUGACCGUGCCAGGGCACCUCCGUGGCCAGGUCAAUACGCGGGUGGAAGGCGAGGGACUAAGACUUGUAGCCGACCUUGCUCGUAAAAAUGUUGUAGUCACGUCUUCAGGGGUGAAGCUAGUCUUCAGCGGAGGUUAUUUAAAUGAACCUACAUCCUGGCUACUGCGUGCCCAGAGUCGUAUAAAGACGGAACAGGCCUGCCGUCGCUCCCACAAUGAUGGCCCUCCCCAGGAAGACAGCAGCUUGCUGGGGGAGCCUGCAGGCCAAACUGACUCGCAGUGCACCCCGACUUUCACGGAGCCAAAUGAAUUAUAUCACGGUCAUGGCCCCGACGAGAUUCAUACAAAGCAGCCGGAGCACUUCGAAGGCGUGGAAUUUGAGACACAGUUAUCUAAAGGGGAGAUAUCCGUCAUGAGUCGAUCUCUCUCGGGCGAACGGCGUCUCCUCAUCUACACUUCUUCGACGGAGGGUUCUGGUGCCACCAAGUGGAUGUUGCAUCUCCCGAAUUUGAACUUGAGGCUGAACGCCAGUUCAACCUCCUGGCGUGAUCACCUGAAUGAUCACAGUUAUUUCGAAGCUGAGAUGACGAAUCUCAUCACAAAGGCGAACAUUAAAAUCACAAGUAAGGAAGUUCUUGUCCGACAGAGAGACAAUCUAGAUGAUACUGAGAAACAAGUUCAAGAAGGAAACGAAGGGAAGGAAGCAGUUCGAAGCCAUCCACCCAAGACAAUGGAGGGAGGUAGUGAAGAAGACCUGGUUCCUGACAGCAACUCCCAGGAAAACAUCAGGCGCACUAAAAGGCACCUGGACGAGGGUCAAGUAGGGACUGACUUCCAAGAAUCUGAAGCGUCUUCCGGAGGAUCUGACUUGGCAGGAUUAUUCCUUCCUGCCAAUUGUAUCCCCGGAUCAAAACUCGUGAAGCAUGUCAAGCAGACUGUCGCCAGCAGCAUAUUCAACUUAGAAACUACCAUGACUGUGGACGCCACACCCGACGGAGAGAACAUCAUUAGCAUCCUCCAGAAGACAUCGCUCCCCGUCUGCCCGGAUUUCGACUCGGUCCUCAAGCAAAUCUUCAAUUUCUCGUCAAGUUUCACCGGAUGGGAAUACGUCGUCUGCCAAUGGUCGUGGGGCAGCAUGGUGGUCGAAGCGCAGUGGGGUGUUAGCUUCUUCCAGUACUAUCACAAGAUAUUCGCUUUUAAUACUGAUCAGAACAGUCCUCUGCCUAGCAUCCACUUCCUUUUGGAUUUCCGUGAUUAUAAGGAGUUCCAGGUAAAGGCAAAAUGUCCAACAUUAGGGAAAUCAUUGGUCUUCACCCUUCACACUGACGCAAACCAUCACACUUUCAUGGUGAGGAAUGUGAAUGAAUUUAUGCCCCUUGACUCGUCGACUCUCAUAAAGGUCGACGUCGAGGUGAUCCGCAAUGACUUGGCAGUGACGUGGUAUUUCGAUGAGGAAAACACGGUCUCGAUCUGGAGCAGAGUCACUGAAGUUGUGCUAGAGGCUAUAUCAAGUACAAGCUUCUGUGGUCAGAAUGCAAACAAGGAAAUGGUCAAAACCUUCAUCUCGGAUAUGUUUGGUGACACGCGGCUUCAGCUGAUGCCGGAAGUAUGGGCGUUCCUAACCUUAGUGAGAGAAGUGGAGGAGCUUCAGGAUCUCAAGUCGUUCUUCCAGGAAACGAAUCAAGAUGUUUUUGACUUUUCAUCUCUGUGGUCAAACCUGCUGGCCUCUGGGUACAAAAUGGGCAUUUUGGAAGCCCACCCACAAGGCAUGGGAGUGACAGUGAAGACACAAGGUAUUAUUUGGGCAUUCUCUUCUGCUAUGGAAGCCUGGAAAGUAGUCUCAGGAUGCAGCAAUAAUUGUGACACAACCCAUCAACUAUCUCGCUUGGUUGAAGACUUUGUAGCCUCAAUCCGCCAUUCUUAAAUUGCACCUUAACUCACAUAUUAUAUCUAGAUUUAAGGAUAACAGUUAUUUUAGUAUGGCUUAGUCUUCAUAAUGUUUGUUGCAAACUCUCUCUGGAAAAAAAUAAAACGACUUGAAUUGA